UCAACUCAUAGAAACAGCAUGUGAAUGCUCCAUCAAAAUGAAAUCAACCUUAUUUUUCUGUUGUUCUAAUAUUGCCUGAACAUUGUACAAAAUGGAGCAUUUGUUGCUGGAAAGUUGAGUCAAACUGCCAGGAAUGUCUACGGUAGUUCAUGAGAUUCCUUAAAUGACAAGAUGGAACUUUCUGUCGCUGCUGUGCUUUUGUCCUGCUUAGCACCAGCUCUGGGAUCAGCUUUUGGCAGGGAAAUGCCAGCUUCCACAAUGGAUGAAAUUCAUGAGUAUGACAAGCCAUUUCAUUAUGAUUAUGAAUCUCUGAGAAUUGGUGGUAUGAUCUUCGCUGUCAUACUAUUCUUAAUGGGGAUAUUUCUCAUUAUCGGCCGGAAAUGUCAGUGCAGAGGGAAUAAGUCAAAGCCAGUGGGACUUGACCCAGAGGCAGCCAGAGGAAGCAUGGCAUCCUAAGGAGAAAUAAAGUGGAGUGUCAAACAUUUUGGAGACUGCUAGCCAUUUGGAAGAAGAAAAGGCCAACUGAGGAUUUAGUCCUUGUGUUCCACAUAAUUUGUCUUAAUUUUUAUUUAUUUAUUAUAUAUUGUUGUUUCUUGGAUACAUAAGUGUAUGCACUCCUUUAAAAAAUAAAUAAACUAUUGAUUCUCA